CCGUGCAGACACUGGGAGCCGCUGGAGCACAAGGUCGGAGCUGAGGAGCGGACAUGUCCACCCUGGGCUGGUGGCGCCGUCGGGCGCCAGUGGCCCUGUGGGUGUGCUAGACCGUGCACGCGGGCUGCGCCCAGGCCGAGCCGUGGGUCCCAGGCGGUGUGGUGAGGGGAGCUUUGCCUUCUCGAGCUUCUGCCUUUCUCAGAGACCGCUGGCAAGAGGAAGAGGUCCAAAGGCUCGGUGGCCGGGUCCAGGUCCAGGUAAUACAUGCUCAUGGUAAAAAAAUAAGUAAAUAAAAACAAAAGGAGACUAUACAGUGAAAAAGUUUCAUAAUCAUCAUAGGAAUGUGUACCAUAUUCUGUGCAUUGUUGGCACUACUUCAGUGAUUAUAUUCUUGCAUAUAUGUCAUUAUGGACUUCUGGGCUAAAUCCAUGGAAAUAGAAUUUAUAAGACAGGGCAUGUACAUUUAAAAUUUCAAGAAGUUAUUCCAGCUGCCCUCCAUAAAAUCUCCAUUGCCACAAGCACUGUCCCUGGUGUUUUCAACCUGUUCCCGUGGAGAGCUGCUUGUUCUGAAGUUCUGGAAAGGAUCCUCUUCCCAAACAGGUCCCUGAGUGCUGACUUGUCAGAGGCCGCCGCGUCCUUCCUCCUGACUCAUGUUUGGUUCCUCCGGGGAAAAUUGUACUUAGAAGAAUGCUGCCUCCGAAGUACUCAUCUGCUGCCAAGCCCAGGAGGUCAUGGGCGCCCGACACGCACGAGCCAGACGGUGACCUGAGUGAGGGGCCGGAUGCCGCCCUAAGACCAGGGGCAACUGACCCUGAAAUCUUUCAUCAGAGAUUUCGGAAUUUCCUCUACGUGGAAUUUGUUGGGCCUCGGAAGACGCUGUUCACACUCCGAAACCUCUGCCUCGAUUGGUUGCAGCCACAGACGCGCACCAAGGAAGAGAUUAUCGAGCUUUUAGUCCUUGAGCAGUACCUGACCAUCCUUCCAGAAAAGAUCAAGCCCUGGGUACGGGCAAAAAAGCCAGCGAACUGCGAGAAGCUAGUUACUCUGCUGGAAAAUUACAAGGAGAUGUACGAGCCAGAAGACGACGACAGCAGCGACCUUCUCAGCGAUGACAGCUUAAGCCGGAGGGCAACAGAGUCCCCCCCGCCACGCUCCGUCUCCUCUUUCUGCGGUGACCGGGAUCGGGACUGGGACCAGGAGUGGGACCGGAAGCGAGACUGGGAUCUGGACUGGGACCGGGACCGGGAGCGGAGAGGCAGGAACAGAGACCUGGAGUCUCGGGAACGCUGGCCAUACCCCAGGAUCCCCAGAGGCAGACUUCCUCAACGGGACCUUUCCCUUCCUCUGAUGGAGAAAACAACUUUUGCGACGGAAAGAGAGCCCAAACUUAGGGACUCUGCGAUGGAUUAUGAGUCAAGAGCCAAGGAUGCCGUGUCAUACCAGGACGUUGUGAACCUGACCGAGGACAGGAAGCCUCAAAACCCGAUUCAGGACAACAUGGAGAACUACAGGAAGCUGCUGUCUCUGGGGGUUCAGCUCGCAGAACACGAUGGCCACUCCCACAUGACACAAGGCCAUUCUUCAAGGUCAAAGAGAACUGCCUACCCGAGCACCAGUCGAGGUCUAAAAUCUAUGCCUGAAACCAAAAAAUUGACCCAUCGGCGGGGAAUUUGUGAAGAUGAAUCUUCCCACGGGGUGAUCAUGGAAAAAUUCAUCAAGGACGUUUCACACAACUCCAGAUCAGGACGGGCAAGGGAAUCUAACAAUCGGUCCCAGAGGUUCCCCAGAAGGCCAGACAAUGAUUGGAAAGGAGUUUCGUUCAACAAGAGAGAGUCGGUGAUUCAGGAGAGGGCUUGUGAAGGGAAUGGCUGUGGGGGAGGCUUUAAUUUUAACUCGAGCCUUGUUUCCAAAAAGAGAGUUCUUGAAAGGAAAAGGCGCUAUCAGUUUGACACAGAUGGGAAGGGCUCAGCGCAGGAGCAGAAAGGCUGUGCAAGGAAGAGACCUUUUGAAUGUAGUGAAAUGAGAAAAGCCAUGAGCAUGAGCAGCCUUAGCGCCCCCUCCUUCACUGAGUCACACCCACUUGAUUUUGAGGCCAUGUCCUAUGUGUGUGAUGAAUGUGGGAGGUCUUUCACUGUGAUUUCCGAAUUUGUCGAACAUCAGAUCAUGCAUACUAGAGACAAUCUCUAUGAGUACGGUGAAUCCUUUAUUCAUAGUGUGGCUGCCAAUGAGGUUCAAAAAAGUCAGGCUGGAGGGAAACGCUUUGAAUGUAAGGAGUGUGGGGAAACCUUCAAUAAGAGUGCCGCACUUGCCGAACAUCGGAAAAUUCAUGUUAGAGAGCAUCUUGCAGAAUGUAAUGAUGAGGAGGAUGAGGAGCCCUUCAUGCCCAGCCCGACCUUCAGUGAGCUCCAGAAAAUAUAUGGGAAAGAUAAGUUCUAUGAAUGUAAGGUGUGUAAGGAGACCUUCCUUCAUAGCUCUGCCUUGAUUAACCACCAGAAAACCCAUGGUAUAGACAACGAAGAUAAUGGGCGCGGGGAGGCCUUUAAACCCAGACCGCCCCCCGGUGAUCUGCCAAAAGGGUAUGGGAAAGAGAAAAUGUAUGAAUGUAAGGUGUGCAGGGAGACCUUCCGUCACAGCUCAUCCCUGAAAGAACAUCAGAAGAUCCAUACUCGGGGAAACCGCCUCGAAAGCAAGGGUAAAGUGUGCGAGGAAACCUUUAUUCCUGGUCAGUCCCUGAAAAGGCGUCAGAAGACAUACCCAAAAGAGAAGGUCUAUGAGUUUACAGAUGGUGGGGAGGCCUUUAGGCAAAGCUCAGACCUCGGUGAGCAUCAGAAAAUUCAUUCUCGAAAGAAUGUCUUUGAAGGCAGGGGGUAUGAGAAGUCUGUCAUUCAUAGCGUGCCCUUCACUGAAUCUCAGAAAAGUCAUACUAUAACAAGACCACCUGAAGAGGAUGAGGAUGAGAAGGCGUUCACCGUCAGCUCUAAUCCUGAUGACAACCAGAAGAUUCCCCCUCAAGAAAACGUCUAUGAGAGGAAACCAUAUGAGAGGUCUGUUAUUCAUAGCUUAGCCUUUGCCAAAGCUCAGGAGAGUCAGAGUACAGUGGGGCCCAGCGAACCAAAAGUGAUCACAGAGUUUCCCAUUCAAAGCUCAGGUGUUACCGGACAUCAGCAAGUCUAUGCUGGAGAGAGUACCUCUGAAAGAAGGAAAUAUGAGACAUCUGUUAUCCAUAGUGUAGCUACUUUCAAACUUCCCAAGAGCUGCAAUGGAAAUCAAGUCGUUCAAUGUGAUGAGAAGGGAGAAUCCUCCACUCCUGUGUCAGACCAUCAUGAUAAGCAGCAGAAAACUCCUGCCAGAGAGAACCCUAAUGAAGGAGGUAAGAAGGACAACUACCAGGAGUCUGUCAUACAAAGUGUAUCCCGUGUGGAACCUCAGAAAAGUCCAACUAGUCAGGGAUCCAGUGAACUUAAGAAGGAUGAUGAAUCAUCUGCUCCCACCUCAACUGUCCGUGCACAUCAGAAGGCUCGUUCAAAGAAGAAAAACAUUGAGCAUAGGAACUAUGAGACCUCUGUAAUUCACUCCCUACGUUUUGGUGACCAUCAAGCAUUUCGCCCUAGAGAGAAAUUCUUCGAAUGUCCCGAGUGUGGAGAAUCCUUUGUUCGUAGCUACGAGCUCACUGAGCAUCUGAAGAUUCACGAUAGAAAGAAGCCCUCUGGAAGUAAAAACUAUGAGCGAUCUGUAAUUCGCAGCCUAGCCUCUGCUGACCCUCAGACCAGUUACACUGAACAGCAGCCGCAGACAAGUUACGCUGGACACUUAGCACAAAUAAGGUACUCUGACCAAGCAGCACCAAUGAGUUAUGCCAAGCAGCCGGCGCACACAAGUUACACGGACCAAGGAGCACAGACGAGUUACUCUGGAGGGCACGUGAGUUAUGCUGUACGACCAGUGCAUAUGAGUUACGCACCGCAGGUGGCACAUAUGACCUACAUGGAGCCACCAAUACAGAUAAGUUAUUAUGAAGAGCAAGCACAGACGAGUUAUGCUGAACAGCAGGUGCGCAACAAAUGUAGGGAGUGUGGGGAAUGCUUUGCCACUCUUGAAGCCCUUGGUGUACAUCAGAAAAUCUAUGUCCGAGAGGAACUCCAUAGCCGGAAGUUUUUUGGAGACACUGUUAUUCAGGCCAUAGGCUUUGAUGGGCCUCGGCCAGAAGGGCCUUGGCAGAGUGAGCUGGACAAGCAGGACGAGCAGGAUGAGGCUGAAGACGCGAUCUAUGGCUGCAAGGACUGUGGGCUGGGCUUUGCAGAUCGCGCGGACCUCAAGGAUCAUCAGAAAGUUCACGGCAGAGAGUAUCUCCUUGAUAGUCGUGAGAAUGCCCGUUCUGUAAUCCACACCCAUUCUGUCAGUGAGUGUCAGAAAGAUUACGUUGGAGAGCAGCUCUAUGAAUGCCCGGCAUGUGGGGAAUCCUUUGUUCACAGCUCAUUCCUUUUUGAACAUCGGAAGAUCCAUGAGCAAGAGCAAUUUUAUGGCCAAAGAAGGUAUGAUGAGCCUUUUAUGCAGCCCUUGGUCAUCAACCCACAGAGGCCUCAUGCCCCACAGAAGAGUCCCGCCGCAGGAACGUCCCUUCAAUGCCACGUGUGCGGACAAGACUUCAUUCAUGGCUCUGUCCUUGGCGAGCAUAUGAGAAUUCACACCAGAGAGGAUUUACCGGAGCAGGGCCAGAGAAGUGAGGAUGUGGUGAGUCCAGGCUUGGCCCUUACCGAGUUUCAGAGAAGUCAAACUGAAGAGAAACACUAUGAAUGUAAAACAUGUGGAGAAAUUUUCCUCAAUCAGUCAGACCUUACGGAGCACGUGAGAAUUCAUGAGCAAGAUGAGCCCUAUGAUUAUGGGGCCUCCUUUGUUCACACCUCGUUUCUUACUGAGCCCCCAAAAAGAGAUUCACCAUUCUACGAAUGCAAGGACUGUGGGAAGUCCUUUAUUCAUAACACUGUUCUCACCAAGCAUCAGAAGCUUCAUCUUGAAGAAGAGGAAGAAGAAGGAGCCCAAGAGGUGGAAGCCAAUGUCCUCGUUCCACGAGAAGUUCUGCGGAUCCAGGGGUCCAACGUAGAGGCUGCCGAGCCCGAGGUGGAGGCUGCCGAGCCCGAGGUGGAGGCUGCCGAACCCAAUGUGGAGGCUGCUGAGCCCAAUGGAGAGGCUGAGGGGCCAGAUGGGGAGGCUGCAGAGCCAGACGGGGAGGCCGAACAGCCCAACGGAGAGGCCGAACAGCCCAACGGAGAUGCUGAUGAACCAGAUGGGGCAGGGAUUGAAGACCCAGAAGAAAGAGCUGAAGAGCCAGAGGGAGAUGCCGAUGAGCCGGAUGGGGCAGGGAUCGAAGACCCAGAAGAAGAAGGCGAAGAUCAAGAGAUUCAGGUUGAGGAACCAUACUACGACUGCAGGGAAUGCGGAGAAACCUUUGCUUCCAACUCUGCCUAUGGCGAGCACCUAAAAACCCACGCCAGGCUGAUAAUACUUGAGCCUGGAAGUGGCCAUGGCGAAAGCUCACGCUACACCGAACGUGCAAGGACCGGCACCAGCGACAACGACAGGGCUGAUGACAAGUACUUCAAGUGUGAUGUCUGUGGGCAGCUUUUCAGUGAUCGCCUGUCCCUUGCUAGACACCAGAAUACUCAUACUGGCUGAGAACAUAAGAAUACAGAUUAGGAAACCUUCACUUAGAACUUGACCCUUACUAAACCAGAGACUUCAAAUCAAUCCAUGACAGUGUCAGAAAAAACUUACCUAGGCAUGUACACACCUGACUUUCAACAUCAGACAACUCAGAUUUAAAAGAAACCAGAGGUGGAACCUGUUUUGGUCUCCGCUCUCCCCCAUUCGACACCAGUGGGCGUGCUUGGGAGAGCCAGAGCAGGUCCCUUGCUUCUGAGUGACCGUGUCGAGGGGAAACCCUAGGGGUUUUUGAGGCCACAGAAAUUGCCCCAGUCCACUGUAAAUGACAUUUCUGCAACCUAUAAAUAAUGCUCCCUGCAGUGUAUAUAAAAUAGCAUAUGGUAGCAAAACAGUCAUCUCCUCUCUUUGGAUUUAAUAUUAUAUACAGUUACAGUUUACUGUGCAGAGGUACCUUACCUGGUACUCGGAAUUUUUUUUUUUUUGGAGGAGGAAGAGAGCAACAAAUUAGAAUAUAUUUCUAAGCAUCUUAGAUUCUGAGACAGACUUCUUGUGCAUUAUUUGGACACCCUCGGUAUCAUUUUGAGUAAUUGUGUAUUGUCCCUUACCCUUAAGUAUUCCUGUAACAGUGUAAGCAUGAAAGGUAAAAUGUCUUUUAUUCUUUGCUGCUUGAAAAGAGAAGUGCUUUGAACUUCCUUUUCAGCCAUUCCGUCUACACCGACACUUUGGAACCUAAUGCUGUGUAAGCCUUUAUGAUGCGUGGUUUGGCCUUUCGUGACCCAAAGUGGUUGGUUGCCACGUUGUACCUUGCAGUGGUUCUCAUGCUAAAAUACUACAAGUUGUUUUUUUAACCACCCUGAUGUGUGUUUGAUAAUGAAUUUCAAAAAGCUGAAGCUUUUCCCUAUAAAUCCUACAUUUUUGCCUUUAAAGGGUGGGUUGCGACCAUCACUAGAUCACAGUAGUGCCUACUGACGGUUGAAAACCGGAGGGAAAGGCUUUCAUGCUGUAAAUAAGGACGCAGGCCAACAGCUGCCGUCACGUCCCUUGUGCGCUUCCUGCCGUAAGUGACACGUAGCAUCGUGGCGUCGUUAGUGUGAACUGCCACAAGUCCGGCGGCACCCCGGGGCUAGUGUCCUUAGAGCUGCGUGUCACUUCCCUGAGUCGAGGCUUCGCCUGUGUGACCCUCCCCUCCCAUGUCUAACUUCAAUUUUAAAAAUUAAAAAAAAAAAAAAAAAGCUUUCUUUACAGUCAACUUAAGCUUAACGUGGACUCAGGUUCCCCAGCAGCCUUAAUUUGUCUCCUUCACACCCGUCCCUUCCUCCUGCGGCCCUUCUAAGCAUUUCCGAGCUCUCCACGAGUGUCGUGUUUGUUGGCUCAGCUCAGUUUUCCAUGUAAUCACAAACUGACCUCAUCCUUGAGGUUUCCCGUGUCCUCUUCUGUGGACCACCUGUGCUCCUUUUGCUUCCCCUCCCCUUGCAUAGUGACUAUUAAAUUUUUUGGCUUUGAGUUGGCUGGAAAAAAUUAAAAUUAAAAAAAAAAAACCACCUUAAAAGUGGAUUUGUAGAUUAAGUGAACAAAAGACAAGAACAAAUAAUUUGAGCAAGCAGAAGUAAUCCACGUGCUGGGGGGACGUGUCUAAACCCUCCUCUCCUAGAUCCGCGUGGUUAGGGCUCGGGCACGUGUUGCAGCAGCAGGGAGUGCCACAGUGCAGGGAAGCUGUGGGUGGAGAGCACAAAGCAGAAGUGAGGGAGCCAAAGAAGGAGGUCCUAAUCCAUCUCCAGAUCUAGGAGAGUGAGGAGCAGACAGAAGGGAACGUGGGAAGCAGGCCUUGGAGGGCCAGGUUGGUGGAAUGACGUGAGCAGGAGGUCCUAGACGGUGAAGAAGGGGCUUUUUGGUGCAGGUCAGGGCCAGCUGCACAGAGGACCUGAGGUCGGGAUGGACACCCAAGAAAACUGAGGAGAAUCGAGGCCCCUGCAGCACAGGAGGGGGACCCUUUCGAUGCGAGACAGCAUUGAUGGUAUUGGGGUGCACUUGGGUUGAUCACUGUUGGCAGUAUUAACUGGUAGAACCUUUUCAGAAAACAACUUGCCAAAUGUUAGGGUGUCCAUUCCAACCUCAUGUUGGUGAAAAAUUGGGAAUGACAUAAAUGCCAAAACAGUAGGAGGAUUAUGACAUGAAGGCAUUCAUGGACUGUAUGCAGCUGCUUAAAAAUGAUAAUCAAGAGUUAUGUAGCAGUGUGGAAAUAUAUUUACGGAAUAGUAAGUGGAAAAAGGACACAGAAUUAUAUUUAUACUACAAUUAUAACUGAUUACAAAUGUAUGCUUAUAGUCAAAAGCUGUUGUGCUGUUGUUGUAUGCUUAUAGUUGAGCAUUAUUUUCUUAAAUUCUUUGAAUGUUCUUUAUGGUAGUGCUACUAAAAAGUUUGUAAUCACAUUUCCAUUGUGAACGUAAUUUGAACACAUCAGACACUUGGAAAAUACAGAAAAGUGGAGGAAAAAAAAUCCAUAUUCCAACCAUCCAAAGACAGAUACACACUCUUCAACAUCUUGUUUAUUCUUGUUUCUGUGCACAGGUUUACGAUUAUAACUGUGUCAAAACGUGUAUUCAGAAUAGUUGUUAUUUUGCCUUUGUGGAAUUAUGGUUAAACACUUCCAUCUUAAUGUUUUCACAUGUUCCUUAUGAUAGUGUUCAUAUAACAAAGUUUAUUAUGUUUGUUUUCAUUACAAGCAUAAUACAUACCCAGAGGAAAAAUUGGAAAAUACAAUAAAUUAGAAAAGAGGAAAAAGUCACCCAUAUUCCCGACACCCAACAACUACUGUUAACAUCUUGAUCUAUUUCCUCUAUCUUGUUUUAGUGCACAAGCUUGUGAUUAUAACAGUGUUAAAAAUGUAUGCUUUAUAAAGUCUAAAAAGAAAAAAUUACUGAAAAUAAUUAAAAUAGUGUUGUCAUUGUGGGAUUAUGGUUAAAUAUUUUGUCUCAAAUUCCUUGAAUGACCUUUGGUGUUUUGGUAUUAAAUCUUGUGUAUGUAUUUCUCCAUUACAAAUAUAAUACAUACUCAUAGCAAACCUUGGAAAAUUCAGUAAAACUAGAAGAAAAGAAAUUUCAUCCAUAUUCCCAACACCCAGCAACAGUUGCUGUUAACAUCUUGGUCUGUGCACCAGUCUAUGAUAAUCAGGGUGUUAAUGAUAGGGAUACAUAGAGUCAAAGAUGGGAAGAAAUACGGAAAACAAUUAAAUAGUUGUGUGCUCGUGUGGGAUUAUGGUGAGAUGUUUCGUCUUGGUUUCCUCGAGUGGUCUCUGUCAUAGUGUUUGGGUAAAUCCGCCUUUAUUACACAUAUACCGUCAUAAACACUGUAUGUGUUCGUUAUAGAAACUUUGAAGUUACAGAAAUGUAGAAGAGAAACUCACCCAUAUUUUCACCAUCCAAAGACUGUGGUUAACAUCUUGAUAUAUUUUCUUCAUCUUGUUUCUGUGCACAGGUUUUUGGUUUGUUAAUAUGGUUGUGAUUGUUCUAUCUAUCUGUAAUAGUGUCAACAAUAAAAAUAAAGUUAAAAAUACGA